GAAGUCAGGCGGAGAACAGCGAAGUCUCCGUGAUUGUAAGUGAACUUAGAAAUGGCGGCGUCCGUGUGCCGAGUCGGGAGCACCGUGGGUCGAGCCCUCGCCAAAACACGCAGUCCCAUCCUGCUGUCUCUGAGGCGUGGACAGGCAUCUGUCAGCUAUGCCCAGAGCCUGGUGGGGGCCCCAGAAACCCGACUUACUGCCCUGGACAAUGGCUUGAGGGUUGCAUCCGAAGAGACUGGACAUGCUACAUGCACUGUUGGACUUUGGAUCGGGUCUGGUAGUCGCUAUGAGAAUGAGAAGAACAAUGGUGCUGGCUUUUUCUUGGAGCACAUGGCUUUCAAGGGAACAAAGAAGCACCCUCAGACAGCCCUGGAACAGCAGGUGGAGUCCAUGGGUGCUCACCUGAGUGCUUACACCUCCAGGGAGCACACUGCGUACUACAUGAAAACCAUGUCCAAAGACCUGCCUAAAGCUGUGGAGCUGCUGUCAGAGGUGGUGCAGAACUGCUCAUUGAAUGAGGCAGAUAUUGAGCAGCAGAGGGCCGUGGUGCUGCGUGAACUGGAGGAGGUUGAAGGAAACCUGCAGGAGGUCUGCCUGGAUCUGCUGCAUGCCACAGCCUUCCAGGGCACUCCCAUGGGACACAGCGUGUUUGGACCCUCUGGGAAUGCCAGGACUCUUACACGCCAGGAUCUGGUGGACUACAUCAACAUCCACUACAAGGCCCCUCGCAUGGUCCUCGCUGCUGCUGGAGGUGUUAACCACGAUGAGCUGGUCAACCUGGCCAAAACCCACUUAGGUGGAGUGUCAUUUGAGUAUGAAGGCGAUGCCGUCCCCAUCUUGUCACCCUGCCGAUUCACAGGCAGUGAGAUCCGUGUGCGUGAUGAUGGUUUGCCUCUGGCACACAUUGCCAUCGCUGUGGAGGGAGCGAGUGCUACCAGCCCAGACAUUGUACCGCUCAUGGUGGCUAAUGCAGUCAUUGGCAGUUAUGACCUCACCUAUGGAGGUGGAAAGCAUCUCAGCAGCCGUCUGGCUCGUCUGGCGGUGGAUGAGAACCUUUGUCACAGCUUCCAGGCCUUCCACUCCUCCUACAGUGACACCGGCCUGUUGGGAAUCUACUUUGUGACUGAUAAGCUCCACAUCGAUGACAUGAUGCACUGGUCCCAGAACGCCUGGAUGAACCUGUGUACCACUGUGACUGAGAGUGAUGUAGCCAGAGGCAAAAACGCUCUGAAGGCCAGCCUGGUUGGACAGCUCAAUGGAACAACGCCAGUUUGUGAUGACAUUGGCAGACACAUCCUGACCUAUGGCCGCCGUAUUCCUCUGUCAGAGUGGGACGCUCGCAUCGAUGCUGUGACCCCCAGGAUGGUGCGUGACGUCUGCUCCAAAUACAUUUACGACAAGUGUCCCGCUGUAGCAGCUAUUGGUCCCAUUGAGCAGCUACCGGACUACAACAGAAUGCGCAGUGCCAUGUACUGGCUCAGGUUUUAAGAUAAGUUAUUGUGUCGCGCCAUGUGUCCCAGAUAUGCUCCUUGUCCUUCUCCUCAACAUUUCCGUCUGCAAAAGAGAACACUCGAGGAAUGUCCACAAUUCAGGUCGACGGCAUCAUCAGCCUCUCUCUUAUCCCGCCCACUGAUCAGUCGAAUGAGAGGAGCAGCCGGUCUGAGUGUUGAAACUACACAUCUUGUACCUUUAGUUUUUCUGCACAGGUCCUCGUCACACAGUGCUGUCGUGCAGAGGGGAGGGGGAGAGUGUGGUGGGAGUUCGAAUAUUAAAUAAUCAUUUAUUGUCACAUCAGAAACAGGUGCAGUUAGUGCUGACUACAACCAAUUUUGGGGCAACAGUAUAUUUAUAAUUACUGUAACGUUUUGUUUCUGUCUGAUAUUGUACAUAACAGAAGCUCUCAUUCCGACAAAAAUAAAAUAUUCUGACAUUGA